AUGGGGAAGCUGCUGUCGAAGAUCUUCGGGAACAAGGAGAUGAGGAUAUUGAUGCUCGGGCUGGACGCUGCGGGAAAGACUACUAUUUUAUAUAAACUAAAAUUAGGACAGUCAGUAACGACGAUACCUACGGUCGGUUUCAACGUAGAAACAGUUACGUAUAAAAACGUCAAAUUCAAUGUAUGGGACGUGGGGGGGCAGGACAAGAUUCGACCGCUCUGGAGGCAUUAUUAUACUGGUACCCAAGGUCUGAUCUUCGUAGUGGACUGCGCAGACCGGGACCGCAUAGAUGAAGCGCGGCAGGAGCUGCACCGCAUCAUCAACGACAGGGAGAUGAGAGACGCCAUUAUACUCAUAUUUGCCAACAAGCAGGACUUGCCAGAUGCAAUGAAACCUCACGAGAUCCAAGAAAAGCUCGGGCUGACGCGAAUUAGGGAUCGCAACUGGUACGUGCAGCCAUCUUGCGCCACAGUAGGCGGCCACGCCGCCUCCUACUGCGGUGAGGAUUGA